CUAAAAUAGUAAAGAGGAGACACCUCAUUCUGCAGCACUUCAGUUGCUUGUCAUCUCUUUUCCUGCCAUGGAUUCAUUACUUCAGGAAUUACUCUGAGGGCCCAACAAGGACGCAGAGCAGAGAGGGGAGACAGACAAAGGAGGGAGAAAAGCUGUAAACCUUGGCUUAAGUGAAGAAAAAGCACUUGGGUGCGUGAGCGGAGGCAAACAGACAGCGACGAAAGGUGGAGGAGAGAAGGAGUGAGGCACCCUUUUCUUAGUGAGAGGGAAAACGGGAAAAGAAGAAAAAAAAAGAGGGAAGAGGAGUGAUAAAAGUAGGGGAAGGAGGGAGAAGAGUUGUCUGGACAUGGGGCUUUGUGCUGUUCUCCUCAUCUGUCUCUCCCAGUCUGAGCUGGGGAGAGUCUGGGCUCAAGAGCAUAAAGAUUCACAGACUGGGACUGCUCUACGGACAGAUGGGGACCCAUCCAGUUUUCACAGAACCAGGAGGGACCACCAAACCCAGAACAGAGAAGCCCGCAACCCACAGGCUGAAGGAGGAGGAGUUGAUAUCAGUCCCCUGCCGGACAACAUGACCCGUGUUGUGGAGGACUCCCAGAAAUACUACAGGUGGCAGAGUUUUGGUCCCACAGACAGAAAAACUGGAAGCUUGUGGGUAGAUCUGAACAACUUGCACAGAAGUCCAGUAAGAAUCCAUGGCAUCCUGUCCAAUACACACCGACAGGCAGCGAGAGUGGCUCUUUCUUUCGAUUUCCCCUUUUAUGGACAUAAAUUAAGACAAGUCAUUGUAGCAACAGGAGGUUUUAUCUUCAUGGGUGAGAUUACACAUCGAAUGCUAACUGCAACGCAGUACAUCGCUCCUCUCAUGGCCAACUUUGACCCCAGCUUCUCCAAAAACUCAACAGUGAAGUACUUGGACAAUGGUGAUCUAUUUGUAGUGCAGUGGGACAAGGUGCGGCUAAAAGACCGAGAGGAUGAAGGACCUUUUACUUUUCAGGCAGCCCUCCACAGUAAUGGGAGUAUUGUUUUCAACUAUAGAGAAAUCCCUGUACCAGUGGUGAAAAUUAAUUCCACAGAGCAUCCAGUCAAAGUGGGUUUGUCUGAUGCUUUCAUGGCAUUCCACCCCGUCUCACAGCUCGUAGAUUCAAAACGACGUACAAUCUAUGAAUAUCAUCGUGUUGAGAUUGACACCACGAUGAUCGUCAGUGGAUCUGCCUUUGAGUUUACGCCUCUGCCCACUUGUCUUCAGCACACAACCUGUGAUCUCUGCCUAACAUCCAACUUGACAGUUAACUGUGGCUGGUGCAACACACUCCAACGAUGUUCUGAUGGCAUCGACCGGCACAGACAAGACUGGCUAGAUUACAACUGCCCUGAGGAGGCUAAAGGCACAUGUGAGGACUACAACCCAGUGCUUCCUGUGGGAUCUAUGAGCUCCUUCAACCACUCAUUCCCAGGUCCAACACCUUCUCUAGCAGAGACUGAAGAACAGCCAAUCACUAGAAGUUCAGAGAUAGUUCCUCCGAACCACCAGGGGAUAACAGAGAACACAGCCAUCAUAGCAGGUGUUGUGGCUGCUUUAGCUUUGCUUGUAGCUUUGACUUUACUGGCUGUGUACUACAUCAACACCCAUCCCACAGUUGCUCCACCAUUCUACCUCAUGCAGCGACGCACUAAUAACUACUGGCCUUCCAUGAAGUUCCGCAACCAGGGCUGUCACUCCAGCUACGCUGAAGUUGAGCUCGGGGGUCAUGAGAAGGAGGGUUUCAUUGAAGCUGAACAGUGCUGCUAAGGGUCCUGGACUUAAAGAACUUAACAAGAAGAAGAAAGCACACCAUCUUGAGGAAUGUAAUGGUUUAAAAAAAAAAGGAAGAAUAUAGACGUACAGGUUGACUAUUGACACAAGAUGCCCUUAUUCCAACCUUUGUGGCUGGAGAGUGUUUACUGUAACUGCUCUUGUAGUUCUUCCCAGCUUUCUCUCUGUCUUUUGAUGCUUGUCAUUACACAGCCAAAUUAUCCAAAGGGUAUCCAAAUGGUUGGAAGGUCAAAAGAAAGUGGACAGUACAGAAAUAAAGAAUGAAUAACUGUCCAUGUCCUAUCAAUGCAAGAGGCUGUCAGGGAAUGAAUCAAACAAGCCUUCAUACUGCAAACCAAUGUACAGCUCAACUUAACCAUGUGUUUCUGUUUUUUAUCCAUUUCAUUUAGUUUUGUUUUUUUCUGUCUCAUGAAACUUUUACGCAAACAUUGAAUGGUUCUUAAAAAUGUUAUGUGGACUUCUCUACAGAUAUCUAGCUAUAAAUGAUAGUGAAUAUAAUGAUCAUCCUGAUUUCUGUUGAGAAAUAUUGUAUGGAUGAAUUUUAGAUUAAUCAAGUUAUGAAAGUUUUCUCUGAAUCUUUCUGUUUAAAUGUCUUCUAAUAAAAGCUGGUGGUCAGUGUGGA